GUAACAUGUGACCGAAGUGGCUUCAAGACUUCUGGGACACCGGACACCCUACAUUACCUAGUCGUGCAGCUAAAUUGCGUAUUGUACCACAGAUGUUCUUGAAGAGGAAAAGAAUUGUCCAUCGCCGCGCGCCCUUGGUGUUUUUGCUUGGCUGAUUGGAACAGCUGAAUGGUGCUUCUCUCAUCUCCAGAAUUUGAGAAUUAACACACUCCUGGAAUUACCAUAUGUCAUGGUUGGGGUGCUACUCGUGUGCAGGGGUCGUUUUCAAAUCUCGGGAACGGCUGGCCGAUUGUGCUAAACUUUUGUACCUACACCAUUAGGCAAGAAGGAUCAAGGAUGUCGUGCAAAAAUUUGGUGAGGUCCAGUUUGGACGUUCGCACGUGGAGGGUGCCGCUUUCCACAUCUCAAGAACGGCUAGAUGGGCCGGUUGCUCUCACUUUUGGCGCACCAGACCGGUUAGUGAGUUGCCGUGCAUACUGCAUACAGCAUAGGUCAGCCUUUGGAAGAAGUCCCUCAAACAUUUACAGAGCCCCCAGACACCUGUCACCAUGGUGCUGGCCGUGCAGCUGACUGGCUAUCUGGUGUCAGUGUGUCUCAGCUUUGUGGUGCUGGUGCCUAUGCUACUCAACUUCAAGGACUUUAGAUACAAAUGUCUGCUGUUCACUGCCGGUGACUUCCGCGAGCAGGAUGGCCAGUUUGUGCCGCAGUGGGCGUCCAGCAUCUACUGCUACUACGUCAUCUUCAUGUCGGCCACGCUGACGCUCAUCUGCGUGCUGCAGGCCGUGCGCACCAUGCUGUUCCUCCGCCACGACACGGACACGUCAUUCUCGGGGGCGUUCGUGGAGAUGAUUGUGUGCAUUUUCACGACGCUCGCCUCCCUGGUGGCUGCCCUGUUCGUCACACUGGGCUACGAGGUGUGGUGCGACAACAUCACGAAACGAUUCGCCACGUGUUCUGAUGCCACCCAGAAUCAGAUCGACGUGGCCGAUAACAUCGACACGGCCAACUUCUACCUGGAGAUCGGUAUGGCGCAGUUCGGCGCCUGGUGUCUCUGGUCGGCGUCAGUGGGACUCUGCGUCUGCGCCGUCCUCAAGAUGUGCAAGUUCCACCAGGACGAGAACAUCCGACUGAGCAUGGCUCACGAGCGUGAGCGACAGCGGAUCAUCCGCGGCGGGCGCACCACCUCCCGGUACGGGCCCAUGGUCGAGACGGCCGACGCUGGUGACGCCUAGCGGCGCUGCUGCGAACUACCGGUAGUCGGGAGUGGGACCGAGAACAAAGUACGGUGGGUGGCGCUGCGCUGCGGCGGUCGGCCGUCCAGCUUUGAGCCGUGGGUGCCAUGUCAGUACGACGUGAAGUGUUCUUUCCAAAAGUAUUUACGAUACGCUCAACUACGGGCUGGCUCGUUUCGCUACGUUCUCAAACCAGUUCAGCCACGUUGUCUAGGGAAAUCGUUCAGCAAAAUUUGAAGAACCGGCGUUCUGGCUGACUUAUUUGAAAUUUCAUUUCAUUUCAUUUCAGCGUAGCGUAGAGUUCGUGGCCGCACCGGGGCUGGGCGUUCUCUCAGAGUCGGUACCUGAGCGCCCUGCAGUGUACUGUGCCGGUAUCGCUGGCCUCAUCUCGCUUCCGUGCGCCUCCCUGUCGCUCCUUGUGGGCCGUGUCUGCAUUGUAGUAGUGUCGGUUCGUGUUUUCCCUGCGGUCAGACCGUCUUUAGGUGUCCGCCGGUCCCCAGUGGCACCUUACCCGUGUUGGGACGGCCGAUCGAAGACCGGGCUGGCUCGCUUCUGUUGUGGUCAGUGCGGUAUAUCGACCAGGGACUAUCGGGACGGCGGUGGGGUGUUUUGUACGUUUGCUGCGAAUUAUGAGUAGGUGCAGUCAAGCCCAAGGUUUCACGAUAUUGGGUACAGUGUAGCAAAUUGUUAAACAAUGUUUGUCUGCUGCGCGUGCGUCGAUGCACUGCGCAGCUGUUGCAUGCAUGUAUUGUAUAUUGUAAUGUAUAUUUCGCCAGUCUGAUCUUGGCGAUGCGUGUCAAUAGUAUGGCUAUAUAGUAGCAAUAGGUCCAUUAUUUAUUGAUACGGGAAUGGCACCUCCAUCCAUAGGCUGUUGAUGACACCGUUUGUGUGUGUGGUUUGUCGGUAAAUGGUGAAAUUUCACCAAUCGCCGACAAUCCCUUUACUUCGGCUAGGCUAUGUAAUGUAUAACGCCAUUUGUGCAAAGAGUCCAUAACAUACUGCAAUAUAACUUAUGUGUAAA